AUGGAGCUCCCAGAUGCUGUUCGCCAUAUCGUGGAUGAGGCAGGAUUUGGACCUUUCUGUGCGGGCUUAUCGCGUCAUCCGGCGAGUAGGACUCUAAUGGGGGCACUUUUGGAGAGAUGGUGGAACACCACCAACUCGUUCCAUUUUUCAGUUACUGGGGACAUGACGAUGACCCCAUAUGAUUUCUCCAUGCUGACGGCCCUUGACGUGGCAGGCCGACCGAUCCCCUAUGAUGCAGAUAUGGGCGAGUGGGAGGCCGCUUGGAUUUAUCUGCUGGGAGCCCGCCCGCCGAUCAACAGAUCAUCAGGUAGGGUCAGGUACACCUGGUUCUGGUUCAGGAGGACUUUGCCCAAGACCAUCGAGGCCAUACAGCAGUAUGUUUGGGGAUUUUUGAUGUUCCUCCUCGGGACCACUCUAUUUUUCGACAGGGGAAACACAGUUGGACUUUAUCUGCUCAGUGCUUUGCUAUGGAUUUACACCUACUUCCCGAUGCUGGCUUCUGAGCUCGAGGUUGAGGUACCUCUGGAGAUCCCCUUCUCUCGCAGAUUUGAGGGUCGGUGCCGACUGAGGCCUCGGGAGACUCUGCUAUACCUCCGGCAGUUCUUCGACACUGUACGGCCGACAGAGAUUUCUUGGCAGCCAUGGGCACCCUUGUCAGGAGAUGCCCGGUUCGAGUUCCCUAGGGCGUGGGCCACUUCUCGAUACAAGAUUCAUGAUCUAGAGUUAAUGGAUGUAUUAAUGCAUGAGACAUCUUUCGUAAUAUCUCUAAGGAAUCAAUGA